GCCGAGGGGAAGCAAUUGCAAUUCCAAACAAGUGUGAAGCCAUGGCUCCAUAAGCUUAAAGAAGUUGUCUACGAGGCUGAGGACCUGUUGCAGGAGAUAAAUACAGAAGUUCUGAGGCAAAAGUUGGAACCUGAAUCUGGAAGUAGUAAGAGUCAUGGACAAGAGCUCAUCUCUAGUCCUCCAUCUAAUGCUUUUGACUCGGCUUUUAUACACCCAAAGGUAGAGGAGAUUCUUAACAGACUAGACUGCAUUAUGGAGGGGAGAAGACUUGUCUUGGGUAUGGAAGCAAGUGCUGGAUACCGGGUAUCACAAACAAUAUCUUCAACUUCUUUGGUAGAAGAGUGUGUGUACGAAAGAGAUGAGGAAAAGGAGACACUUGUUAGAUUGUUGGUAUCAGAUGAUGAGAGUGGCGAUAAGAUAGGUGUGAUUCCUAUUGUGGGCAUGGGUGGGAUUGGGAAAACCACCCUUGCUCAGUUUCUAUACAAUGAUGUUACAGUCAGACAACAUUUUGACCUCCAAGCAUGGGUUUGCGUUUCAAAAGAGUUUGAUGUUCUGAGGAUUUCACAACACAUUUAUGAGUCACUCACCUCUAAAGCUUGCCAAAUCACAAACCUUGCUCUGCUUCAAUCAAAGUUGAAGGCAACUGUGAUGGGGAAAAGGUUCUUCUUUGUUCUUGAUGACAUAUGGAACAGGAAUUAUAACCAGUUGGAAUCCUUAAAGCGUCCCCUCGAGUCUGGAGCACAUGGAAGUAAGAUUAUUGUCACUACACGCAAUGAGGAUGUUGCAAGUAUGAUGGGUACUCUUUCACCUCAACCGGACUGUCUAAAGCCAAUAUCUGAGGAAGAUGGCUGGUUGUUAUUUGAAAAACAUGCCUUCAGAAGUAGAGGAGUUUGUGGACAAUCACAGCUUGAAGAGAUAGGAAGACAAAUUGUCAGAAAGUGUAAUGGCCUUCCGUUGGCCCUUAAAUCCCUUGGGGGUCUCUUAUGUUCUAAACUACAGUCUGAUGAAUGGGAAAGCAUAUUGGACAGUGAGAUGUGGGAAUUGCCACAGGAGGAGAGUGACAUUCUGCCGUCGCUUUGGUUGAGCUAUGUGCAUUUGCCUCCACAUCUCAAGCGCUGUUUUAGCUACUGUUCGAUAUUUCCCAAAAACUAUCGACUACAAAAAUCAGAGCUGGUUUCCUUGUGGAAGGCCCAAGGUUUCUUGCAACCCAAAAAGAAGAAAAUAGAAGAAAAAAUUGGGGAAGAGUACUUCAAUGAUCUAAUCUCAAGGUCAUUUUUCCAGCGUUCAACAAGUUCUGAACACUUUAUCAUGCAUGACCUUAUCAAUGAUCUAGCAAACUUUGUAUCUGGAGAAUUUUGUGUCAGACGGGAGGACACUAUACGUGAAGCUAAAUAUUUGCGCACUCUUCUACCUCUACCUAAAUAUCGAUUCUAUCUGGGGACUUUCUAUAAAAUGGAAUUCCAAGAAGUACUAUAUGAGGUAUUGCCAAAACUACAAUGUUUAAGAGUGUUGAAUUUAUCAAUGUAUAACAUUGAGGAACUGCCUGAUGCGAUUAACAACUUGAAACAUCUCAGGCACCUGGACAUGUCUGAAACUACCAUCAGAAAGUUACCUGAUACUAUUUGUACUUUGUAUAAUUUGCAAACAUUACUGUUGUGCAAGUGUCAACGUCUUACAGCACUGCCAAGCAACCUGGGACGAUUGAUCUACUUGAGCCAUCUGGAUAUUGAAGGUACAAAGAUAGAAAAGAUGCCACCACGUAUGGGCGAUCUCAAGGAUCUGCAGAUGUUAACCGAUUUUGUGCUGGACAAGUAUACCGACGACCAUAAUUCUUUAGAGCUCAAGAAGCUUCAAAAAUUACAUGGAACGCUUUGUAUUUCAGGGCUUUCGAAAGUUGUAAAUGGCAGGGCUUUGGUGGCUGACAUUGUGAGGGACAAAGAGUUUCUUAUUGGAUUAAUUUUGAAAUGGGAUUAUAUUUGUCACAAAGACGAUAUGGUGAAACAAAUAGAAGCGCUUGAGAAGCUCCAACCUCACCUGAACCUGGAGAGGCUUACAAUAAGUGGUUAUGGAGGCCAGGUGUUUCCAGGUUGGUCAGGAUAUUAUUUUUCCUCUGCUCUUGUUUAUCUUCAUCUUGUUGAUUGUGUGAAUUGUAUCGCCUUGCCACCAUUGGGACAGUUACCUUCCCUCAGUGAGCUUCAUAUUUGUGGGGUACGCGAAGUGGUGUCCAUAGGUUCUGAAUUCUAUUAUGGUGAUGGCAAUUGUGUGAAUAAACCAUUUAGAUGUCUACGCUCUUUAAAAUUUGAAAACAUGGGAGGGUGGAAAGAAUGGUGUUAUGUUGGAGGCGACGAUAAUGAAGGUGGUGUUUUUCCUGAACUUGUUCAACUUCAUAUAUCAGCCUGUCCCAUUCUUACUGGGAGAUUAGCAUUAGACAGUUUCCCGAUGCUGAAAGAGGUCGACUUGAAGAAUACUGAACUAUCAUCACUAGUCACUAGUUCACCGGACUCUAAACUCUUAAACCUGGAAAGCUUGCUGUUAAAGUGGUGUCCGAAUAUUGUAUCUUUUCCUGAUGGAGGGUUGAAUGCCCAAGUUAAGGACUCUAAAGAUAGUGGAAUGUGAGAACUUGAGUUCAUGGCCGGAACAAAUGCCCUCCCUUCUCCCAUCUCUUGUUGAUUUGGAGGUAAACAGCUGCGGAGAAUUGGAAUGUAAUCCAGAAGGGGGAUUCCCCUCACUGUUAGAAUCACUUGUCAUGG